AUGACUGAGGUGAUCCUCAGAGAUGGCAGGGCUCGAUUGCCACAGCACGACAAGACCGGAGUGGCGAAACAGCACAGGCGCAAAGAACUGGAACAGAGACAGAAGACAUACAGAUGGAAAGAAUGGCAUCCUGGCUUCCCGAUGAGUAUCGACUGCAAAGCCCAUAAAGAGCUUCCACGGGACAUUCAGUUUGACAGCGAGAAAGGAGUGGACUUUGUGCUCAACUACAGCAAAGCGUAAGAUCCUCUCUGUCUGACGAUUCUGCACGUAUCUCAUUACUCUGCGUUAUUUCCAUAAAGAGCUCAUCUGUUUGUAU